UCGCCGAGACCACCUCUGAGGGGCGAGGCCCCCCAGGAGCGACGGCCUCGGUGUCCGCGCCAGCGAGGCCGCUCGCGGUCGGAAGGACGCGCCGGAGAUGUCUAGAGUCCUGUCAGGACCGCAGGGCAGGGAGGCUUGGCGACGCUGAGGGCCCCUUGGGUGAGUGGAGGCUCGCUGAGAAGCAUCCCUGAGCCCCCACUAUGGCAUCUCCAGACAAAGAUGUGGGGCCCUCGCCCGGCUCUGCCUGGGCCUCCAUUCUCCAGGCCGUCAGGGAGCAGCUCCCGUCUCUGGACUCGGACUCCUCGCUGUCAGACUACGGGGAGGAGGAACUGUUCAUCUUCCAGCGGAAUCACCCCGCCCUGAUUCCAGACUUGUCCGAGGAGCUGGCCGAGGAGCCCUCGGGGGCCUGGGACACAGUGGCCCACGGUUCUCCACCAGCGGCAGGGCUGGUGCCUGUGGACUUCGGCGAGGAGCCCAGGAGUGAGUGGAAUGCGCGGGCAGGGGGCCGGGCCUCCCCGGAAGGAAGGGGCCCAGGGAGCCCCCUGGCAGGCCCUGGUGAGGUCAGCUCGUUUCCUGAGGUCCCUGAAGACGCCCCCAGGUGGCAGGAAGGUGACUUGGCGGUCACAGCCUCCAAAGCCAGAGGAGCCCUGAGUCUUCCCAAAGGGCCGAAGGGAGAAGCCACGUUCGCGCCCCUUAAAGGAGGCCUGGACACAGAGCCCCGGGGCCCUGCCGCCCACGGGGGCAAGGACCCCGACUGUGCCCACCGCCAGGCCCUGCGCAGGGAGCGGAGGAGGAUGAUAGAGAAGGACGUGCUCCACAGAGUGCUCUGGGAGGCCCGCGCCCCGGGCAGCGUGCCAGCGCCACCACCUCCCCGCCAGGAGCCCAGGGAAGGCCCACCAGUGCUGUCACUCCAGGUAGCCCCCCGCCCCCUCGAAAAACCCACAAAAGUGUUGCCCAGAAAAGUGAAGGAGGACCUGGGGAGAAACAGCCCUACUGUCCACGAUGGGCCUGGGGCUGGGGGCGCGGAGCAGCGUCAGCAUGGCCCUCCCUGCCCCAGCAACUGGAGGAGUCGGACCUGGACGGCCUCCUGCAGAGACUGGCCGGGCAGGACCGAGCCCCGGGAACCCCGUGGCAGGCCAGCGGCCACCGCCAGCACCAAGGUCAGAGGACCCCCACAAGCCGGUCCUCCGGGCUCUCACCGCACAGGGUGGGGGGACAGCAGGGCAGAGUUUGUCCUCGAUUUCCAGGGCUCCCACACUUGCAGUCAAGCGGCGGGCGUGUGCUCGCCCCGUAGAGCCCUGGGAGCCCCUCUGCCUCGGGGGGCCGGUCCCGGGGAGCGGGGCGCAGUGAGGAGUCCCUCGCCCUUCUCCAAGCAGGCACUCCUUUCGCAAGCAGUCCCCGCCCCCGCCUCCCCCUCCUCGCUCCAGUGGAGGCGCCUGCCCGAGCCCCGGGAGGCUCCAGCAGCUCAGCGGCGCCCCCACCCCACAGCGGACACCGAGCGCAGCACGCACGACAGGCUCAUGGAGCAGCUGGUCCUCCUGUGCGCCUCGCAGUCGCGGGCCUACGCGUCUGCCUGGAAGGGGCCUGCUGCCAGCCCGCCGGACAGCGGGGCCCUGGCGGCCACCGCCAGACGUUCCUCUGGGGAGCUGGGCGCCCCAAGGGUCCAGGGCAUGAGGCCAAAGAGUGAAGUGGAGCCCCCCACGGUUUUCAUGGACCUGCGAGUCCCGGAGCCCCCAGCCCAGGCAGCGGAGGAAAGUUCCAGCUCCUUGGAUGAUGACGAGGAGGAGGAGGAGGAGGACGACGACGAUGAUGACGAGUCAGCAGCACCUGGGAGACCAGCAGGGCCCCAGGGGCCUACGGUAAAGGGGGGCUCCCUUAGCCAGGGGGAGCCCUUGGGGGCACAGCGCAGGGGGGCAGGUCCCGGGUGUCACUGUGCUGUGUCUGGGGGUGGUGAGCAGGAAGCGCGGGGGAGAGAGGACUGGACAGGCGGGUGGCAGGGCACGCGCUCCGGCAGACUCCGCUGCGUCCUGGCUGAGCGGCAGAGUUGGGGGUUCGGGCCGCGCCGGGCCGGGCUGAGGCGCCUUCUCUCGGGUUGCAGGGACCGCACCGGCAAAAGCCAGCUGCUGCAGCAGCUCAGGGCCUCCCGCCAGGGGCUGCCUCUGCCCGCGCCCAGCCCCUGAGGUCCUGCAGGCCAGAAGGGUCAGGCUCCAGCGCACACAGCCGGAUCUGCAGCUCAGAGGCGGAGCGCCAGGGCCCUGGGGAAGCCUCUGGAGCCCCCCUACCCCCCAUGAAGGGAGAUGAGGCGGCCGGCCCACGGCUUCUCCACACAGACAUACACGCACGCAGGACCAGGGGUCCCCACACUGUCCCCUUCCACCCGCACACCAUGACUGUCGGACACUGUCGUGGCUGUGCACUCACGAGGGCAGUCCUUGGGGCAGGGGCUCCGUGUCGGGCUCGGGCUGCCCACCCCUCCCUUCCCGCCUCUCUCCGACUCUUGGCCUGAGUGUAUGGCAGUCACUCGUGUGCAUCUACUGCUCUGCCCACAGGCUUUUAAACAUUGCCACAACCUGAGGAAAUGGAGCGAGUUAUUUCCGGGUGGAACAUAUCUGGGAGAGGCUCCGGCUGGCCUCUGGGUCCCUGGCCAUAGCUGUUCUGAGACCAAGCGGACAUAUUCCCAUAGGAGGACCUACACAGCGGGGGAAGACCUGUUCCAAGGCGUCCCCCGCCCUCGCCCCACCGAGGCUGCUGACGGGCAGAGAACAAGGCCGGGAUGGACGCCAUUUUUUGUGGGGACAGGCUGGUGGCAGGGAGGGCAGAGUCAGGUGAAAGGGGGGACAGUCAGUGGCCCUGCCAAACAAGAGCCCCAGUGCUGGGGCUCCCCAGCUGUGGGGCUCCCCAACUACAGGGCUCCCGGCCACUGGCCUGACCUCUGAUCCAGCACCUCAUGGCUCAGGAACUGACCCCAGUGGAGUAAACAGGGACCCACCUACACCCCUGGGCCACACUCAGUUGACAGUGGCAGGCCAGAGUUGCGCUAAUCUCAGAGAUAGGGGGGUGCUGGCCCCACGGGCAGAGCACAUGGUCCCCAGGCAGCCAGUGUGGUUGAUCCCAAAGGGCAGCCCUGGAGCCCGGCCCAGGGGGCAGCGACAAGGCCGAUCAGAUUCAGGGGUGCCUCACAGGCUGGGUGGGGAGAUGCAGACAGUGAGAUCUAGGGAAACAGUUCCUGACUGGCCACAUCCAUGCAACAGAGCAGUCAGGGACCUGUGACAGUGACCCCAGGUCACCCCAUUUCUCCACUGACAACACUGGGCACAGACACAGCCCCCAGGCAAGUGUGGCAAGGCAGGUGGACACUGUAAGCAGCCAGA